AUGACUCAUGAGAUUCACCGCAUAAUAACUGGGAGGCAAAAUAACCAUCAAUCAAUAACUCCAACAGCCAAAUCUAGCUACCUCCACCAAGAGCAACAGUUAUCGAAUUACCAGCGACAAUACCAAAACAACAAUCUGAUACGAGAACACAAAGAACAUACGGAUAAAGCACCAGUGAUGGACAUGUACACAAGUCAGAAGAUAGCCAACACUUCCUAA